GACGAAUGUUUACCAGAAGUCACCGAAGGCUCAGCUUGCCUUGUAAAGGCCAAGGAAGAACUGUUGGAUGAAUGUGAGAGUAUUUGGAAACAGAUGGAAGAGUGUCAGAGCAAGACAAUGCUUCUAGGAACAGAAACACUGCUAAAAUCAGAUGUCAAGCUUUCCCUGUUAAUGGCACAACUGAAGGCUUUAACAGCGGAACAUAAACAGUGGCAAAAAACAAGUCCUGAAUUAAUUUCUACCAAUCCAGAUGUACUGUUAUCAUUAGGAAAAGAAGAGGUGUGGAAAGUAAAGAAUGAUCUUGAAAUGCUGCUGUCAACAGUUCAGUCCAAGAAUAAACGAUUGGAAGAAGAUCUGAAAAGAGAACAGCAGUGGCUUGAGGAACAGAGUCAGAUACUAGAUGCUCUUAAUAGAAUUGAAGAAGAGACAAAAACCCAAGUGGAACAACUUUCCAAAACAAGUUUGUGUACUAGGACAGCUUAUGAGCUGCGAACUAAAUUGUUGGAACUGAAGAUUUAUAAGGAAGAACUCUUGCAUGCUCUGGGUGAUUUCCUAGGAGAACAUUUUCCCCUUCCAUUGGAAGAUGGAAAUGAUAAAGAGAAGAAUUCUUCUGAAGAGCCAGCUGUACAACUAGUAACGCUGCAUGAAAUUUUAGAGAUUCUUCUAAACAAAUUAUUAAGCACACCACAUGAACCCUAUGUCACAAUCAAUGACUCAUUUUGGCCACCUUAUAUUGAGCUGCUGCUUCGAAAUGGAAUUGCCCUGAGACAUCCAGAAGACCCAAACAGACUGCGCCUAGAAGCCUUUCACAU